UGUGUGUAACAAUUGGGUCAUUGCUAAGGUUGCCCUCGGCCAUUCACUCGAGUAUGUCAUGCAAAUUUUGCUUAUUUUAUCUAAUACGAUUUUUACGAGAACCAAACGAGGAAAGGAUUAAACUGCUCCCGGCAGUGGCUCAAUUUUUGGGCCCUUGGAUAAAUAAUAAUUUCCGUCGGGGUUGUUUUUCCUGAAUAACUCUUUCGCACUGCCCAGUGUUGCUUCAAAUUUAACUUUCCGACAUUUGUCAUGUUUUGUUUGUCGUCUGGUGUUUUGGUUUCCCGGUUGCCGCAUUUAUUCCCCAGAAAGCAACGGAUGUGGUACAUAACCAAACAGCAAUCAAGGAAAGGCAACGAACAAAACAAGACAUCGCUAACUGGGUACACAAGGAAAAAGUUUAAAAACAAUUUAAUUUAGUAUUUAAAGCACAUUGCUGUUAUAAAAUAGCUCCACUGUGUUAGGUGUUAGGAACACCUUUAGUAAUGAGUUUCAAAUGUCUUUUGGCGUUUGUUUUAGAUAUUUCUGUGACGAGGGACAUUUGUAAUCCUUUAUUUUUCCCAGUGCCUUUCUAUCUUUGUGAUUUGGACGAACAUUUGUGUGCGUGUGGGAUAACAGAUAUGUUUGUUGUUUAGGCAAAUGAUUUUUCGCUUCGGGUCUGUUUGCCAAUGGAGCGGAAAAUGCAAGCCGAAACGCAGCUGUGGCAAAAUUGUUGGUAUUUAAAUGGGUCACAAGGUCGCAGGCAGGAUAAAGGGAGAACUGCUCAAAGCCAAACAAUAACAAAGGCCAAAUAAAAUGAGUUGCCCCGACUAAUGCAAAACGGAAUCCUGGGAAACAGCACAAUAGGCGGGGUGGAAAACUCCGCCAUCGUGAAAACGAAAUUGCACAGAAAUGCAGUCAAAGCACCGCAGAAACUUCAAAGCACAAUAAAUGCGAAAGGAAGAACCAAAUGCGAAUAUCAACAAGCCAUAAUACAAAAAGGGAAUAUUCUCAGCAAAACCAAAGCGCCAAGAGUAACAGGCAAAUUGAACAAAAGCCAGAGCUGCGCAAAGGAAUGUCUCAGAUACCAAUAGGAGGCUCUAAGGUGUACAGCAAUAAAUAAAUAUUCCUGAGGAAACCAACUUUAAGCUAAGCCUUUUAAAGGCUUCCCGUAAAGCACUGGUUUCAUUUUUGUUUGAAGCUUUACCAUCACCUAAAUGUUGAUUAGUAAGAUAAAUCGAAGCAUUCGACUGUAUAACCAACUGUCCUAUCAAGGACAUUUGAUUAUUUUCAAGCUUUCCGGGUCAAUUCAAUGGCUUGAAUGAAGCACAACAAGUGAAGCCUGAAACAUACUCAAUUUCAUAUGUAAAUACGUGCAAAGAAGAUACUCCUGCAAAAACAUGGCAGAGAUUUACAGUUUCAGCUUUUGCCGCUUGCCAAAAUAAAAUGUAUACAACGCCCACAACAAAAAAUAGAUAUAUAUUUGUUGGCGAUGCCACGUAAAAACAAAUAUGGCAACAUCAAUUAAAAACAAUAAAUAAAAGCCGAAAACUUUUGCCUUGCAUCAG